AUGGGAUCGUCCAGGUGGAAGGUGGCAGCGGCGGCGUUUCUCGCUGUAGUCGGCUCUUUAUUACCUGUCCACGCAGACGAACACGAACACACGUACAAAGAUAAGGAGGAGGUAGUUUUAUGGAUGAACACAGUGGGGCCUUACCACAACCGACAGGAGACAUACAAGUAUUUCUCUUUGCCGUUCUGUGCGGGCUCGAAGAAGACCAUCAGUCAUUACCAUGAGACUCUUGGAGAGGCUCUGCAGGGCGUGGAGCUGGAAUUCAGCGGCCUCGACAUAAAGUUCAAAGAUGAAGUGAUGCAGACAACAUACUGUGAAAUAGACCUGGACAAAGCGAAGCGGGACGCCUUUGUCUAUGCUAUAAAGAAUCACUACUGGUACCAAAUGUACAUAGAUGACCUGCCCAUCUGGGGUAUUGUUGGUGAAGCUGAUGAAAAUGGAGAAGAUCAUUACCUGUGGACCUACAAGAAACUGGAGAUCGGCUUCAACGGCAACAGAAUUGUGGACGUGAAUCUGACCAGCGAAGGCAAAGUCAGGCUUAUACCAAACACGAGAAUCGGAAUGUCUUAUUCUGUGAAAUGGAAGCGGUCUGAUGUUAAGUUUGAGGACCGAUUUGACAAGUACCUCGAUCCGUCUUUCUUUCAGCACAGGAUUCACUGGUUCUCCAUCUUCAACUCCUUCAUGAUGGUUAUCUUCCUGGUGGGUCUGGUGUCCAUGAUAUUGAUGAGAACACUAAGAAAGGAUUACGCCAGAUACAGCAAAGAAGAGGAAAUGGAUGACAUGGACCGAGACCUGGGAGACGAAUACGGGUGGAAACAGGUCCACGGGGAUGUGUUUCGGCCGUCGAGCCAUCCGCUGAUCUUCUCCUCACUCAUCGGCUCCGGCUGCCAGAUCUUCUCCGUCUCCCUCAUUGUGAUUAUUGUCGCUAUGGUGGAAGAUUUGUACACAGAGAGGGGAUCCAUGCUAAGCACAGCCAUUUUCGUGUACGCUGCAACCUCCCCCGUCAACGGCUACUUUGGGGGAAGCUUGUACGCCAAACAAGGAGGCAGAAGAUGGAUUAAGCAGAUGUUCAUCGGGGCCUUCAUGAUCCCGGCCAUGGUGUGCGGGACCGCCUUCUUCAUCAAUUUUAUUGCUAUCUACUACCACGCCUCCAGAGCCAUCCCAUUUGGCACCAUGGUCGCCGUCUGCUGCAUCUGCUUCUUUGUCAUCCUGCCGCUGAACCUCGUGGGAACAAUCUUGGGCAGGAAUCUGUCAGGCCAGCCAAACUUUCCCUGCAGAGUGAACGCCGUCCCACGACCCAUCCCCGAGAAGAAAUGGUUCAUGGAGCCGGCGGUCAUCGUGUGCCUCGGGGGAAUCCUUCCAUUCGGAUCCAUCUUCAUUGAAAUGUACUUCAUCUUCACGUCUUUCUGGGCCUAUAUCUACUACGUCUACGGCUUCAUGAUGCUGGUCCUGGUCAUCCUGUGCAUCGUCACCGUGUGCGUCACCAUCGUCUGUACAUACUUCCUGCUAAACGCUGAAGACUACAGAUGGCAAUGGACCAGCUUCCUGUCUGCUGCAUCCACUGCUGUUUAUGUUUACAUGUACUCCUUUUACUACUAUUUCUUCAAAACUAAGAUGUACGGGCUCUUCCAGACGUCCUUCUACUUCGGCUACAUGGCGGUUUUCAGCACCGCUCUAGGAAUCAUGUGCGGUGCCGUCGGGUACAUGGGAACAAGUGCCUUUGUGAGGAAGAUCUACACAAAUGUGAAAAUCGACUAAAGCGGCGCCGCAGCAGCAACAACACCAGGGAUCUAAACGGAUUUACCUACGCGUAUCCUGAAAGACGGCGGGCACAAGUCAUUCUUUAUUACGUUUUCUUUCUUGCAAAGAGAUUGUGAGAAUCUCACUUUAUACAAAUGUAGUUUUUUCCAUUUUCUGAAUGAAUUUCAGCGCCGCAAAAACAAAAGAGCAAAUCUGUGGGAGAGAAAAUCAAACACACAGUUCGGUUUUUAUCAGAUGCUUUCAAAACCAACGUUGGGGUGAAGGUUUAAAAAAAAAAAAAAAAAAAAGGCUGACAUGGCUUUUUUUUUUUUUUUUUUCUCCUCCCUCCGACCCAGUCCCACCUGAGACCAGAGAACAUACGGUAAAGUUUAUGGAUGGAAUAGUGAAGCUCUCUUCGUGAAGAGGCCUAAGUAUGGAAAGCCUUUUGUUCUAUUGUGUCAGAAUAUCGCAGAAGGCGCGUGUUCUGACUUUAUUUCUAUUUUGUAUUCUUGAAGUCACUCGACGUUGCGUUACGACACAGUGCGGUAGUUUGCUCAGAUUUACUUCCACUGCAAAAAGAAAAAAAAAAAACAAACAAAAAACAGUACGAUGCUGUCGUCACUUGCGAAUCAUUCCCCCGUUUCCGCCGUGACUCUGACUUCCCUGUUACAGUAGCAGUCCAUCCAGUCGCGAUAUUUUAGUCCUGCUGUAGUUCGCUGUACGCACGACGGCCGAGGGACAGUGGAGGUACAGUAAGAACCCAUUUUUAAAAAAGGAUGUUUUGAUGUGACCGCAUUUCCCCAUUUAGUCUUCUGUUUUCUUAAUGGUUGGGUUUGAAUGAAGUCCUACUUGUAAAGAUAAUAUAUGGAUGAGGGGGGGAGUGUAUAUAACCUUAAUAAUGUACCUUAGAUGUAGAUCCCAAAUGUAUUUUCGUUGUACAGAUUUACUACAGGGUGUUUUUUUAAAGAAUCAUUCAGUUCCAAAACAAAAAAAGGUAUAUUUUGAUUUUUUUUUUUUGUUUGUUUUGUUUUUUGUUCUGUGUUGGUGCUUGGGGGUGGGGCUGGUGGCGCUGUUACAUCUUUGCCUGAAAUUGCAUGAAGUUUCACCGAACCAUCACUCAAAUUCCACUUCAGUCAGCGCUGUGUUUUUUGUUCUGUUUUUUUUUUUUUUGUCUGAUUGUUGAGCAUCUCAUCAGUCUCUAAAUGUAAAAAAGUACGUUUGGACGGCCGGUAGGGGCGCUCACGGACACACUUCAGAUCUUGAGUUGUCGUUUAAAAGCUUUAAAAGGCUCUACAGUCUUCUGGUUAAAGCCAUUUCCCUCCUGUUCUUUCUUUGGUUGCCUAACCCGAAACAAUCUUUGUGAAUGUCAGAAGGAAUGAGGCACUUGCUUGUUUCCCGCAAAACAUACUGUACAAAGUGACGUUUCUGUACACUUAACUAGAUGUUUUCAUAACCACAUGCAGUGCUGCGGAGUGUUUCAAAAUGCUUUUUUUUCAUUUUGUGUAAAUACAGUAUGUACCCUACUUGUAUGAGAAGUUGGCAAUGCCUUUUUUUUUCUAAUUUCCAGUUCUCCCCCACUGAAGUUGAUUUUGGCACCUCAUGUUGUGUACCGAUGUCUGAUUAGACAUUUUGAACCUGCAUAUUUAACUUGCUGUAAAAAGAGAAAAUAAACAUGUUUAUGUACAGGGGU